AUGGCAAAUUCUUCAGCUAAAAAUAAUGAAAUAACUGCAAAUUUAUCCGAUGAAAAAUAUAGUUUAAUGGUACAUUCAUUCCAAAGAAAAUUAGAAGCAUUUGUAAAUUUAUUCGAAAACAAAUACGAAUUAAUGGUAAAUUUGUCCACUAACAAUAAUGAGCCAUCUGCAGAAGCAUUUGAAAAAUAUUCAAACGAUGAUGAAUCUGAUCUUGACACAGAAAAUCCAACAAUAAUAAGUUACAUUAGUGAAAAUGAACCACAAGGCCCACCACAAAGUCGUAAUCCAUCGGGCAUGCCAUAUCCAUCUGGUAAUCAAUCGAUGGAAGGUAUGUCAAUGCCAAUGCCGAUGCCAACUCAAGCAACAGCGUAUCCAAGUCAGCCAGGGAUAUAUCCAUAUUUAAUGGAACCAUAUUUCGUUCAAUCAACAACGUAUCCAAUCAUCUCACCUAUACAUCCAAGUCAACUACUACAAGCUCAAUCUAGUUAUCCUAGUGAAGCAAUUUCACAACGACCGCAACAAGCAUAUCCUCACCGAGCAUCUCAGGCUCUGGACCAAGAAAAUUUUUGUGCAGUUCCAAAACCAAUAGCACGAACACCAAUUAUCAAUCCAAUGCAUACAGUACAACCAACAGCACCACCAGUAAGUCCACAAUUAGUCAGUGAAUACAAUUAUGCUCCACCAAACAAUUACCAUACACCAGCAUCUUCUCGUCGAGUUGCUCGAUUAAAAAGAAACACACAAUUUGUAGUUAAAUUAACACCAACUGUUGUCCGUAAUUCGAAUUUCAAUGCUUCGAACGAUGCUGAAGUUUUACAGGAAGCCAUAAAAGGCUAUGGAGCAGACAUGAAUGCAAUUAUUUCAAUAUUGAGUAAUCGCAAUAACCAACAAAGACAAACAAUUGCAAAGUGUUAUAAAAUACUACAUGGAAGAGAUUUAAUAAAACAACUUCAGUAUAAAAUAUCUGGUAAAUGUAAGGAUUUGAUUGCUGCAAUGAUGACACGAAUUGUUGAUUAUUAUGUCAAAGAAAUUCAUGACAGCAUUUCGGAAAUUAAGACAGAUAAAGACGUACUUAUUAUCAUUCUUUGCACAUUGAGUAAUCACGAUAUUCACCAAAUACGUGCUAGCUAUGAAAACAAAUACGGCAAAUCGUUGGAAAGUGAUAUACGUAGUAAUACAUCAGGCCACUUUGAGAGAUUGUUGGUAUUAUUGUGUAAUGGUCAACGUGAUGAAAGUAAAAAAACUAAUAAAAAAUCUGCAAAAUCUGAUGCAGAAAGACUUCAUAGUGCUGGCAUUUGUGGUUUGGGAACAAACGAGUUCAAAUUCAAUUCUAUUUUUGCUCAACGAAAUGUACACCAAUUGAGAUUAAUUUUUCAAGAAUACUCUAAACGAUAUCGCCAUGAUAUAUCAACUGUGAUUAAUCGUGAAUUUUCUGGGAAUACUCAAAAAGCCCUUCUUACAAUUGUGGAAUGUGUAAAAAAUAGUGCUUUGUAUUUUGCUGAGCAAUUAAAUGACUCGAUGUCUGAAAAAAAAACAAAAGAUCAGAAAUUAAUUUUUAUCUGUGUUACACGUUCCGAAGUUGACAUGGGAGAUAUUAAAGAAGCCUUUUAUCAAAAAUAUGGAAAAACUCUUGGAAAACGCAUUUCAGAGAAUACAUCUGGUUACUACAAAAAAUGUCUCUUAAAGCUCACCAACUCGAGCUCUGGAAUUGAUCAUCUAAGUCUCUUUUUGUUAACAUUUUUUUUAAUACCGUGCUUGUUUCUCAUGCUUAUUCCUAUUCUUGUAGGUAUCAAAAUGAGUAAAUGA